AUGGAUAGUGAUCUCUGCUUCAAAUCGUCCCUUAUGCUUCAAGUGUGCAAGGUAAUUGAUGACUGUGAAAAUAAACGACAUUGGUUUGUACUCUUCGCUGAGCCUGAGCUUACUGAUGAAACUAAGAGCUUUACGCACACGACCAGGCUUGAGGCAACAGCCCUGAUACCACAGAAGAAUGACAGUCCACCAAAGCAGUGUGUCAUUGACCUAUCAAAAGAUCAGAGAUCGCAGAAGAAAAGCCUAAAGGCCAUGUUGGAAGCUCGGCAGAAGUUUCGAACUGUUUUAGUCGAAGCUACCGUUAAGCUUGAUGAAGCUGGGAAGAAGGUAGGAAAAGCUGUGGAUGAUUCCAAGCCUUAUUGGGAAGCCAGGCGAGUUACACGACUGGCACAGCUGGAGGCCCAGAAGGCGACCCAAGAUUUUCAAAGAGCUACUGAGGUGUUGCGAGCAGCCAAAGAGACUAUUGCUCUGGCUGAACAGAGGCUACUAGAAGAUGAGGAACGUCAGUUUGAUUCAGCAUGGCAAGAGAUGCUUAAUCACGCAACACAGCGGGUCAUGGAAGCAGAACAAACCAAGACGAGGAGUGAGCUGUUACACAGAGACACGGCUGUGAAAUACAAUGCAGCAAUGAGCAGGAUGAAACAAUUGGAGAAGAAGCUGAAACGAGCCAUUAAUAAAUCCAAACCAUAUUUUGAACUCAAAGGAAAGUACUACCUGCAGCUGGAGCAACUGAAGAAAAAUGUGGAUGAGCUUCAAGCCAAACUGUCAGCAGCCAAAGGCCAGUACAAAGCUGCUCUGAAGAACCUAGAGAUGAUCUCUGAUGAGAUUCAUGAAAGAAGACGCUCCAAUAUGAUGGGACCCAGGGGAAGAGGAGUUGGUGCUGAAGGGAAUGAAAACUCUUUAGAAGAUCUGUCCAGUUUAAAGACCGAGCCUGAUGAAUUGUCCAUGCUGCGCCAGUUCAAGAACCCAUUCAGUUGA